UCCGAGAUCUGAACUAACAUAAACUAGGGCCUGGAUGGCGGGUUACUGGGGAGUCAUUGUAUUGAUAGGUGCGAUGAACAACAUAGGCAUCUGGUGCUUACCAUAUAUGCGAAUGACUAUGAACGGGCUAUACCCCCGUUGGGUCCGCCGUAACAUAAUAUCUCCGAAAAUACUCGGUAGAAACGUGAAUCGACCACGCAGCACCCCAUUGGGGCGGUUAUUAUCGUUUCUUGUAACCAUUUUUCCUACCCGGAUCCAAUCGCUUGCCAUAGCGGGGUAUUUUGUGCUCUUGACCAUUCUUUUAUCGGUGGAUUACAAAUUAGUGAUGCCCAAUACUGUUUUUGGUCUUGAGUGUAUUGAGAGUAACAUCUAUAUUGGCGAUCGUGCUGGUAUCAUUGCCAUUACCCAACUCCCUCUAAUCUUUGCAUUCACGGCUCGCAACAACCUUUUCUCGGUAAUUACCGGUUGGCCCUAUCGUACCUUCAAUAUAUUCCAUCGUUGGAUCUCGCGAUUCGUGGUGGUGCUAAUUUUCCUCCACGCAAUUUUCUACUACGAUUCCGCGAGGAGAAACGGCGAUUAUAUCCAGCGCUGGGGAUUAACGAAAUGGCGCUUUGCUCACGUUGGCAUCCUUAGUGGGUUCAUCCUUGGUAUCACCUCGGUAUACCCGUUCCGCAACAAAUUCUAUGAAGCUUUCAAGAGCUGCCACCAGGUGUUCUCCAUCUUGUUUAUUGUCGGAACCUGGUACCAUUGCGUCACGUUGGGAUGGAUGGAGUUUUUAUAUGUGACAAUUGGCUUAUGGGGACUAGACCAUAUGAUUCGCUUCUUCAAAAUCAUGGUUUCCGGGGGUGUUGUUGCCGCCAACUGCGAGUUAAUCAUCAGCAAAAGAGAUAGUUUUGGGAGCCUUUCGUCCGAGAUAGCGGUGGGCCACACGAUCAAAGUCACCAUCAACCACUCUGGUUAUUGGAGACAUUAUCCCGGGUGUUAUGUGUUUGUUUAUUUCUUGAAGCCAAAUAUGUUUUGGCAAUCCCACCCAUUCACUACCAUCGAGCCAUCCGUGGUGCAAGCAGCCAAUCAGUUGGUACUCUUGAUCAGGGUUAAGGAGGGGGUGACUUCACAGCUCUCAGAGUUCCUUUUGUCUCAGCCAGAGUACAAAGCCAAGAUUAGUGUGCUUGUAGAAGGACCUUAUGGCUCUCCUAUCGGCUUCCGGGGCUAUCAAAACGCGAUUUUUGUGGCUGGUGGGAUUGGCAUAACCGUAGUAUACACCCUCGCCUUGGACCUAGCAAGGCAGCAUAAAGCCGAAAUUCUUCGGGGGGACGCAAAAGCUUCCGACAGAUCUGUCACCUUAUACUGGAUAACUCCAUCCAUUGAAUCCAUUGAAUCUUCCGUUGAUGAAAUAGCAGCAAUGUCGGAGAUUGGGUGUCUCAACUUGAAGAUCUUUAUCACACGCCAGCACGGCUUUUCACUUCCUCAUAACCGGGGUAUUCCCUCUUUUAUCGAUUUAUUAAGUACCAAACCGGAGAAGAACCGUCUCGGUGGGAUCCAAAGUGCCACCCUGGAGAUGUGCAUCCCGUCUUUCGUCCAGGAAUCUGGAUCGAAAGAUUCUAUAGUGCUCGAUGAGCUUUCUCCUCUGAUUUAUGCUAAUAUGUUGUACGGAGAGAUUGGCAGCUUCAAUGAUACCCCUCCCUUUACUCAACACAGAGAAGAGCAGGUGAAAGCCGCCACUCCGAGUGGCAAGGGGUCUUCCCGUGUAUCACACACACAAGAAUUCAGUUGGGCUGGAACCCCUCCAUUAACUCUGUUGAAACCCAGUGACAAGUUACAGUUGUACCACGAUAUAUUGCUUGAGAACCUACCUCGGGUAGAGAUCAAAUGGGGCGUAAAGCCGUCUAUGAAGACCGAGAUUGUCGAAAACGUGGGGAAACUUAGUGGAACAACAGCUGUGGUUGCCUGUGGGCCAGAUAGGUUGAACUGUGAUACCAGGGAUGGAACCAUAAAGGCCAUGCGAGAUUCGGGAAAUGAAAGGAUAGACUACUUUGAGGAGAAGUUGCUAUGGUGAAGCGAUUUUUAGAAGCGUGAAUCAAAUAUGCAUGCUUAUCUGGGUACAGUACCUGGUCAUAUUCACGGCGCAAGCGACUGUGGCUCGGAACUAAUUGGGUUUCAAUGUGAAGUAAGCCUCAACUCAUAAAAGUUUGUAUUUCCA